CUUUCUCCUCAUGAUCAUCGGGUAAGAUGUUAAACUGACUGGAGGCUGGCUUGCUCUUUUCAGUCGGGAAUCCAUCCUCUCAUUCUUCUCAUCCAUCAUAUUUAACGACUUACGAUACCCUUUAACGAUUCUGCUCAUACUUUGGAUACCCUUUACGAACUCUGAACGAAAUAACAAUUAACGCCCAUAACGAUACAAAUAUUUAACGAAAUUGCUCACACCCUACCAAUCAAUAUUUGCAAAACGCUUCGAGUAUGACAUCUUCAUUCGAAGCUCAACUGGCUCCGAUGCCAACAUUAACAUCCGCAUCAACAGAUGAGGAUAACGGCUCAUUGGAAGAAUUUCCACUUCAAGAUGAACGCAGACUAUCCACUGCACUGACCAUGGUAUCUCCUUCGACGGAUCAAUUAGGACUUAAGCCUGCCAAAUCUGCACCUCGACCGAAAAGGUUGUCAUUGCAAGUACUCAAAAGACCUUUAUUGCGCGCAACUCGAGCUUCAUCUUCUAUCGCUGUCAAAAAGAACAGUAAAGAUGAACAGGAAAAGAAAGUCGCGACAGAAGCACUGCAAAGUGCCAUGACGAAAAGUGAUCCCAACAACUCACAAGAUUCAUCGCACAAACGAGAAUCACGCAGGGUGAGCUUUAGUCCUUCCACUGAGGAUGCAUCUAGAGAAAUGGAAGCCGCGAUUAAGGCAAGGGAGGAGAAGAAACCAGAAGAGAAAAGUGGCCCAUCUUUUGGUCUCUUCAAAAAGUUGCGUUCGGUCACUGCUACUCCAAAGCCUAUCUUGAAACGUAGCUCAAGUUUUGAUGAUACCAUCAGUAGGAGCAAAGGUGCAGCAAUUGCAAAUCAACGCCGACCUUUACGUAGAUCGAUGUCUAUCUCAGGCAAGGGCAUUCAUCUGAAUUUUCAGCCACUAUCUGAUCCGACAGAAGGUCAAAAGACAGUAAACGACAAAGGCAAGCCAUUAAAGCCAAAGGUUGCACGUCAACAAGCAAUUGCAGCUAGACAUGCCCGUGUUCUGGAAAGGAUCAUCAAUGCGGGUUCAUCGAUCGAAUUGGAAGAGAUUAAAGCAAAGAGGAUUAAGAAGUUGGGUGAGCAAAAAGUGAAUUCGCGUACACAGGUGCAACAAUACCCCGUUGUCUCUCCACGAAAGAUCAAAGCACUCAAGCAAGCUUUACUCAAUUAUGAUUUGGCAAAUGGAAUUAUUGGCGAGCUGCGAGCCAUGAAAAUCGAUUAUCCCGACCUGGAUGACCUGGCAAACAGUGCAGCUUACGAUCAAAAGAAGCACAGUGAAGCGCAAGAUGCAUUGCAAGGUGUUAUCGAAAAUGACAAUGAGUACAAGCAAGAGCGCAAAGCUGCUGAAGCAAAGCAAGAACAUAAAAAGAUCCGCCCUCAACCGAUUCGUGCUGUCUGUCUGAACUGUACAGAAGAAGAAGCAGCUAAUCUUAAAAGCGCCUCACCAGCAAAUCCAGCUGAAGUGGGAGAAACGAAAACGUCUUUGGUCAAAGAGACUGCAGUUUCGUUGGCAGAGGCUGGCAUGAUGGCAGUUGCGGUGAACAAGAUUGGAAAUUGGUUCCGAGCAGGAGGUACUCCUGAAGAAGUUAAUUCGGUGACUGUUGAAUCGAAGACGGCUGUUGGAGAGACGAUUGAAUAUGCGUACGAGUUGCAAGACGAUAUCAGGAAAGGUGAUGUGAAUGAAGCUUUGGCAGAUACUGCUAGACUUGGUGCUGCAGGUCUUUCUGUCGUUCAGCCUACGGCAGGAGCAAUUGUGGAAAUAAUCGAAGCAAAAACACUUCCUGCAAACAAGACACCAGAUGUGGCUGGUAAAGCAGAUGUCAAAGUUCUGGUAAAUGAAAAAGGAUCGGGCGAACCUUUGGCAAGCAUUUCUAAUGCAUUCUCGGGAGUGUCACCGGUCUCUUUGAUCACUCAGCCUGCUACCUCAUUAGCCGGUCUUGCUGCUCGAAAAGGCGGAGCGUUCGAUGCACUUGCUGAUGCAUCAGCUCUUGUCAUUCAAAACUCUCACGGUGGCGUAGAGGCAAUGCAAGAAAUACGACCUCCAACCGAUCGGAUGGCAGUCUUUGUAUAUUGGUGGGGAUUCGAGUUAACAAUUCCGGAACCUAGUAUGAAGUACCUCAGCACCGCUCAUAGCGUCUCAGGUGCCUUUUUGGGAUUCUUACAAACAAUGGUGACAACUGGUGGUGUACCUGAAUUGUUACCUUUUGUGAGGUAUAUUUCAAGUUUCGUUGAUAUGGAAUUCAACGCAAUUCGAUCACAAGAUCGUAAUUCUAAAGGGGUGGUAAUUGCAGCAACUUGGUUGAUGCCUUUAGCGCUCGUUCCACGUCCUUGGGAUUAUGGUUUUGGGGAUGCACCAUCUAAGCCCUCUCAACCAGGAUCUGGCAAUCCGCCUUCAGGUUCCCCUCCUCCUUCGUUCCCUUCCGUACCACCACCUGCACUUCCACCUGGUGGUUUGCCCAUCUUACCGGUGCGUAUUUCUUCCAAUUCUGUUCCUCCAACGGUUCCUUCCACUACCGUCUUACCCGUAAAAAUCACUAAGCGAAGAUCAGCAAGCCCUUCAAGUCAUCUUUCCAGUCAAGAAAGACAUUUCGCAAACGGUCAAUCAGCCGCGAUUGCAUCUGCACAUUCUGAAUCUCCAAUCUUACGACCAAAAGUAAUGGAGCCUGUUAGUGCAUCUGGCAGUAUGAUUAAUGUGCUAGACAGUUUGCAAGAAUUACCCGAAGGAAGCGUUCGGGUGAAAUGAACACCCGUUCGUGAUUGGAUUUCGUAUCUUUUCUUAUUUUUAUCUAAUAUCAUCACACCUUUUGAAUAUGUCAUUUUUAUCUGAUAAUCUGCAAGCAGACUCAAUCAUCGCAUUGGUAGAUGAAAGCCUGAAUGAGGAAAAGCCCUAGGAAGAUUGCGCUUACAAGUGCAUGUUGAAAGUG